ACGGGGAGGUGGCUCAGUAGUGCCGGGGCGGCCUCAGACACCGCUCUGACGCCGCUCCUCACCCUGCGCUGGGAAUGGAGUCGCGUUCUCUGUUUUGCCGUUGCUGCUGCCUUUGUGACGGGAUCGCUUUCUCCCAUCGAACCUUCUAGUUGCUUAUUGCAGCUUUGUCGUCUUAGCACUCUGCUAUCACUCAAGGAAGUAUCAUCAAGAACAAGGAGGACAUGGAUGCUAAGUCACUAACUGCCUGGUCUCAGACACUGGUGACCUUCAAGGAUGUAUUUGUGGACUUCACCAGGGAGGAGUGGAAGCUGCUGGACACUGCUCAGCAGAGCGUGUACAGAAACGUGAUGCUGGAGAACUAUAAGAACCUGGUUUCCUUGGGUUAUCAGCUUACUAAGCCAGAUGUGAUCCUCCGGUUGGAGAAGGGAGAAGAGCCCUGGCUGGUGGAGAGAGGGAUUCACCAAGAGGCCCAUCCUGAUUCAGAGACUGCAUUUGAAAUCAAAUCAUCAGUUUCCAGCAGGAGCAUUUUUAAAGAUAAGCAAUCGUGUGACUUUAAAAUGGAAGGAAUGGCAAGGAAUGAUCUCUGGUAUUUGUCAUUAGAAGAAGUCUGGAAAUGUAAAGACCAGUUAGACAAGUAUCAGGAAAACCCAGAGAGACAUUUGAGGCAAGUGGCAUUCACCCAAAAGAAAGUACUUACUCAGAAGAGAGUCUCUGAAAGUGGUAAAUAUGGGGGAAACUGUCUUCUUCCUGCUCAGCUGGUACUGAGAGAGUAUUUCCAUAAACGUGAUUCACAUACUAGAAGUUUAAAACAUGAUUUAGUUCUUAAUGGUCAUCAGGAAAGCUGUGCAAGUAACAGUAAUGAAUGUGGUCAAACCUUCUGUCAAAACAUUCACCUUAUUCAGUUUGCAGGAACUCACACAGGUGAUAAAUCCUACAAAUGCCCUGAUAAUGAUAACUCUCUUACUCAUGGUUCAUCUCUUGGUAUAUCAAAGGGCAUACAUAGAGAGAAACCCUAUGAAUGUAAGGAGUGUGGAAAAUUCUUCAGCUGGCGCUCUAAUCUUACUAGGCAUCAGCUUAUUCAUACUGGAGAAAAACCCUAUGAGUGUAAAGAAUGUGGAAAGUCUUUCAGCCGGAGUUCUCACCUCAUUGGACAUCAAAAGACCCAUACUGGUGAGGAACCCUAUGAAUGUAAAGAAUGUGGUAAAUCCUUCAGCUGGUUCUCUCACCUUGUUACCCAUCAGAGAACUCAUACAGGAGACAAACUGUACACAUGUAAUCAGUGUGGGAAAUCUUUUGUUCAUAGCUCUCGGCUUAUUAGACACCAGAGGACACAUACUGGAGAGAAACCCUAUGAAUGUCCUGAAUGUGGGAAAUCCUUCAGACAGAGCACACAUCUCAUUCUGCAUCAGAGAACCCAUGUUAGAGUGAGGCCCUAUGAAUGCAGUGAAUGUGGAAAGUCUUAUAGCCAGAGAUCUCACCUUGUUGUGCAUCAUAGAAUUCACACUGGACUAAAACCUUUUGAGUGUAAGGAUUGUGGAAAAUGUUUUAGUCGAAGCUCUCACCUUUAUUCACAUCAAAGAACCCACACUGGAGAGAAACCAUAUGAGUGUCAUGAUUGUGGAAAAUCUUUCAGCCAGAGUUCUGCCCUGAUUGUGCAUCAGAGGAUACACACUGGAGAGAAACCAUAUGAAUGCUGUCAGUGUGGGAAGGCCUUCAUCCGGAAGAAUGACCUCAUUAAGCAUCAGAGAAUUCAUAUUGGAGAAGAGACCUAUAAAUGUAAUCAGUGUGGCAUUAUCUUCAGCCAGAACUCUCCUUUUAUAGUUCAUCAAAUAGCUCACACUGGAGAGCAGUUCUUAACAUGCCAUCAAUGUGGGACAGUGCUUGUUAAUUCCCCUAACCUUAUUGGAUACCAGGCAAAUCAUGUGAGAGAAAAUGCUUACUCAUAAAUGCGGGAAUUUUUCACAAAGAGCAAUAACUUUAUUUUGCAUUGGAGAACUCCUGGAGAUAUGCUGUACAAAUUGAAUCUAUGUGGAAAUGCUUUCAGUCUUGUUACUAUCAUAUUGCACAUUAGAGAAUUGGUCCUGGAAGGGAAAGAAACCACAGAUUUUAUUUCAGUACAGAAAUCCAUCAGAUUUUCUUCUUUUGAUGAAUUCCUACAGAAGUAAUUGGCCUGGGAGCAUUCUUGA